GUGGUCAGCGGAUCCUUCAGCGUCAAUGUAACGGCCAAUAACGUCCCCUGUGUCAUACGUCAUUCUGGUGGGAAAUGUCUCCACAUCAAAUCCUAUCCAGGCGAGGAACAGCCAAUCAACAAGCUCGUUCUAAAGGACUGCGGUAACCGGCAGAGACAGCUGUUCGUUCAUUGGCCUAACGGUAGUCUCAUGCACGCUGUCUCCAUGAAAUGCCUCGUUCUGGACACAAAGGGAGAGAUUAAGGAAGGGGUAGAGAUAACGCUCGGGUAGGUU